UCUACGCUAGAUGUAAGAUAUAUUGUCAAUUAAUACAAUUGAUAAUCAAGUUUAUCUUCUGCUCGGGAUUCACGGAGGAGGUCUGUCAGCGAAAUAUUGCCGAUAAGACGGAUCACUUCCAUCUUCGAGGUUUGUGUCUCAGUUAUUAUUGGCAAUAUUGUAAACUAUUUUAUCGACAGUUGCAAAUGGUACAAAAUGCCGAGAACAAAUAUAAAAGCGCCACAGUCGGCGACGAGUCGCAUCACCCUGUGUGACAUCUCUCCGUUCCUCUUUCACUCGGGUUUUUACGGGCCAAGGUUCAUCUGUGGUGGUGGUGCAUGGUCUGACCGUGAGUCGUGUGUGCGCCAAAUCCAUCGAUUAACGGGAACACAAAAUAAGAUGCAACGUCGUCUCGCUGUUCGCCGCGCGUCUCGCCGUGUCGAGGAGCUGACGAUACCGAGCGUUAUCGCGAGCAGGAUCGUCGGACGUUAAGGGACGUUAUGGGAAGAUGGUGAGACAGCUCGGUCUCCUCGGCCACUGGGAACAUGGGUUCGCAAACACUGGAGAUCUUGAGACAAGGCGUCUGGGCGAGCCUGACGGGCGGCUGGUUUUACGAUCCGCAUCUCGACGUUUUCUCCAACACCUUCCACCUAUACAUCUGGCUGUUCCUGCUCUGUCUGCCGUUCACGAUCUAUCUGUAUUUUCCUUCUACAUUAUAUGUUUGGUUGGCAUAUUGCUCAUCAUUUGUCGUCGUCUUUGGAACAAUAAAGUGUAUGAAUCAUGCUCUACACUGUGUAUAUGAUACAACAGAGUGUUUGGAAGAAUCAAAUCAAACCAUCAGUCAGCAAAAGUCUGAGAGUGAGAAGAAACGAGCAGGCCACAAUAAAUCGAGGGAACAGUCACAAGAUCAGAUGGGCCAUGGCAUAGAGCUGCAAGUUUUGAACGGUAAAACAGAUACACCACCUGUAGAAUGUUCAUCGCGUAAUUCAUUUAUAGAACCAAAUAUGCAGAAUGCCGAUGCAGAUAGUAUAACAUCUGAAUAUAAUCGAGAUAAACCUAGUUCGACCAUAGAUUUAAAGGUAGAGAUACAUAGGAAAAACAGCUCGGAAAGUUCGGAAGAGGCGCAGCAACUUAGUAAACCAAUGGUGACCAGUAUUAAUGUGCAUGAAGCUGAAUUAGUUUCUGCACAAUAUCAUGAGCCACGUUUUAAGAAUAUUAUAAACGAAUGGAAAUUGUUGCGACAAAAAUGCGUAGUAAUAGCGGAAGAAGAUAGACCAGGUCCGCGUAAAUUAUGUCGGCAUGCAGCUGAGGAUUCCAGAAAUCGACAUUCUAAGCAAAGCCUCGGAAAAACUGGAUCGGAGAGCCAAAUAAAACAGACCAGUUCGUUAGAAUUGGAACAUCCUGGUGACGAUUAUCCAUACUGGAAGUCCAACCAAAGUGUUCGCAGACUCAACUCCAAUUCCAUACCGAUGGAACCACAUCUGAUAAAUGAUCAUCCGCAGAGCUUAGAAAUUAUAUCAAAAAAGGGAGAUACAGACAACAAUAAAAUCUCAUCUCAUCCACAAUCGUUAGAGGUCAUUACCAAAAAACCGCAUCAGCAACUGGUACAUCCACAAAGUCUUGAAACAAUUGGUGCUACUAGUAAAAAUAUAAAUAAUACUGACGAUAAUAAUCUGCCUCUUCAUCCUCAAAGUCUUGAAACCAUUAACAAAAAGGUCUUACCACAAAACACAUUGAAGAGAAACCAGCUACAGCUCUUACCAUAUCUUAGUUAUGGAUCCGAAAUAGUGCAUCCGAUAGCUGAACAGAGUGAUGAACAAUUUGCUAAUGAAAGUUCAGGAGGAUUUAGUCUGCGAGACUCUUAUAGUCCAUUACUUACACGGAAAAACAUGAACGACGCAAACUCUACAUCUAAUAGAGACAGAAGUCUCAGUGCUGGCAGAUUCGAAGAUAGAUUCUCGAGAUUUAAUGACGAUAAUGGAAUAGACAACAAUUCAGCAAAUUCUCGAGAUGCUUUGCUUGAUGAAUCAAAAUCCGGUGUGAAAAGAAGAUACAGUAAUGCCAGCCAAAGCAGUCAUGAAUUUUCAGACGGUGAAAAAAGUAAGGAGAAGCGACUGGAUAAAUCCAAGAACGCGGAAGAUCCACUCAAUUCAGGAAGCGUAGUCGGAAUAGAUUGGUUAUUCGAGAGCGGAGAUUGUCCGGUGGAGCAAUGGCCGAGUAAGAUAUUUUGGACUUUCACUCGCUCUGAUGAUACGGAUACAUCAGAAAGCCUACAGACGGCUAGUACAGAUUAUCUUCACACUAAAGAACCCGAUUCAGGAUCAUCUAGUACAACCACUCUCAGUAUCGAGAAUGAGGUGAAGCGAAAGUUGCUGCCGCAGCUGGAAGUGGACAAUACCGCCAAGCGUCAUCAGGGAGCGAUCCCCAAGCAAAGCCGUCCAAAACCCGCCGCGUCGGACGCUACAGAUGACAACAUCGUGUCGAGCGUCGAGCAACCGCGGGAGAAUCUCAAACGUUAUCUUGAAGUACGACGGGAGAAGGCCAGAAGGCGAGGCGGCAAGUUCGAGCAGACCAGCGGUUCGAACAACGAGUUAAGCACGCUGUUACCGAAUCCGGCGCCACCGUUGCUAGCAGCGUUACUGAACAAUUCCGGCCGGGAUCUGCCUGGCCAAUCGAGCGCCGCAUCAUCCGAUUUGCGACUGAGUCGCAGCUCCGAGAAUCGGAACUCUCGCAGCAGAUACGGACGAUUAAAACAUUCUAAUCGUACUCAUCGUGGACCGCGCAGCAUGGCCAAUCGCGACGACAAUGUUGUGCCGUUGACCGCGUUGUUUGGCCUGAUCUCGAGCGGCGAGUAUCACUUGGCCACCAAUCAAAACGACACCUCGGAGGGAGCUGUACAUUACUUUCGCGACGAUAAUGGCCGCUGGCUAGCUUACACGUUUGACGAAAAGGGUUGUUCGGACGUGGCUGCCGCAACGGCGAUGACACAAAUGCCCGCCAAUCCGCACAAUGAGAAAUUGCUAAACACUCUACUGCGUCAGCAACUCAAUCAGAAUAUACACUACGACGCUACGAAUUGGGAGCUUGCUGAUUCACUUAGCAACAGUUAUAGCAGCUUAUCGCUCAACUCUGCCGGUCUAACGGUGAUAAUCGACACGCCGCCGGUACUGUCGAGUCCGGCGAGCAAUCAGACCAAAACGCAGAGCUCGCCGCCGUCGAAUCUGAUCUCCUCGAAUACCGGCAGUUCGAAUCAAUGCACGCUCGGCGAGAACUCGGAACGCGAACAUUUUCAUCAUACGCUAAUUGCGCGCUCAGACUCGAUGGCCGACAGAAAUCGAAGGUUACAGAAUCUGCUGGGCAAUAUGACUUUGAAUCAGUAUCAGUCGGAUCCCAAUAGCCGCAUGCCCGUACUGACAUUGCCACAUCAGGAACCUGACAUAAACACGAGUCUGUCGUGGAAUCGCUUCGUCGAUGGCCUGGAUGGCUCUGACGGCUCCAAGCCCAAGCAAACCAGACACUACUACAAGUGGAAAAUCGGCAAGCUGCCACAUGUCAAAGUGCGCUUCGAUCGUCUCGCCCUGCUAGCUCUACUCGAUCGUAACUUGACCGUGUUAGAGACCAUCGUAUCCACAUUCCUGGCGGGCACGGUCGCAGGACUGGGCCUUCUGUUGCUUCAACAGGGUUUCUAUCGGGACAUAUUUGCAUUUAUAUUCUGCUUUGUGACGGCCGGCUGUCAGUACUCGCUACUCAAGUCAGUCCAGCCCGAUGCUGCGUCGCCCACACAUGGCUUCAAUCGCGUUAUAGUGUUCUCCAGGCCUGCGUAUUACAUCUUGUGCUCGAGUCUGAUUUUGAUCUUCAACGAGAUAUUGAGGAACUUUAAAUCGUCCGACUUUCGCGUGUACGGAUUGCGUGUUGCCGAUUAUGAUCUUAUACUGCAAGUGCGAAACGUUCUGCUAANCCUGCUGUGUUUUCCGAUUGUGUUCUCCUUAGGAUUAUUUCCACAGAUCAAUACGUUCCUCAUGUACGUCUGCGAACAUUUGGAUAUUCAUCUAUUCGGUGGCAAUGCGACCACUAGUUUGGUGUCGUCGUUGUACUGUCUAUGCCGCAGCUUGGUCGCCGUCCUUAUCCUUUACGGAUUCGCCUAUGGCGCCCUCCUCGAGCCCAAGUCUUCACAACAUAUUUUAUUCUCCAUAUUCGUCGGUCUGCUCGUCGCGAUAUCUUAUCAUCUGAGCCGAUCGUCCUCUGAUCCAACCGUGAUAUGGGAUAUCCUCAAGACAAAUCUAUGGCCGCUGGAGAUAGGAGACCGAUACGUGGAGGAGAAGGAGGCGAAAAUUAUCGAGAAUACAUCGUCGCAACGCGACAAUGUGGCUGCGAGCUAUAAAGAGGCCAAAAGUAAGUUGUCUGGCAGGAAGAAGGAUGUGAAAAUCAAAGUGGGAGAACAAAUGUCUGACACUGAACUGAUAGAUCCGUUACCGGAGAAGCUCCGUUUGACCGUAAACACCAGACUGAAGAACGACGUAAUCGUAUGCGCGGUAGUCGGCACUCUGUCUUUCGGUAUUCAUCGUACGACAGUGUUUACCGCCCUGCAACCGGAACUCAAUCCGGUACUAUGUAGCAUCGUCAGCUGCCUGGGCUUUCUUCUGCAUUAUAUUGUGCCGCAGCUACGCAAGCAACUGCCAUGGCUGUGCCUGUCAAGGCCGGUGUUGCGCAGCCAUGAACAUGCGCAAUUCGAAGUGCGCGAGCCAGUGAGAAUUAUGUGGUUCGAGAAGGCCUACGUAUGCCUGUGCUUUCUCGAACGGAACGUUCUUUAUCCGGUCGUCUUCCUGGGCGCCCUCACCGAGUGUUCGUCAAAGAUCGCAGACAAGUUUGGCGAGAGCGUGGGCGCGCUCAUUGUCGUCGUGUGCGGUCUCAAGUCCCUCAGAUCGGCGUACUCGGACCCGUCCACACGCUACCUCGUCCUAGUUUUCGCGGUGCUCUUCUUCCAACUAGACUUUAGUAAUUUGAGCGAAACCUUCCUGAUGGACUACUUUGUUACGGGAAUCGCGUUCGCCAAGAUCCACGAACUACUGCUCAAGAUACGCUUCGUCGUCACGUACAUCGCGCCCUGGCAAAUCACUUGGGGCAGUGCGUUCCACGCGUUUGCCCAGCCCUUCUCCGUGCCACACUCGGCGAUGCUCUUCCUCCAGGCCGGCAUCUCAGCAAUGCUCAGCACGCCUCUGAAUCCAUUGCUAGGCAGCGCGAUUUUCAUCUCGUCGUACGUGCGACCCGUAAAGUUCUGGGAGAGAGACUACAAGACUAGGAGAGUGGACCAUUCAAACACGCGAAUGUCCUCGCAUUUAGAGCGCAAUCUGGGUGCCGAUGACAACAAUCUGAACUCGAUAUUUUAUGAACAACUCACGCGUUCUCUCCAGCACAGUCUCUGCGGUGACCUCGCGCUCGGUCGAUGGGGAAACGUGGAGCAGGGCGACUGUUUUCUGCUCGCGUCAGAUUAUUUGAACUGCUUGGUGCAUAUAAUUCAAUUGGGUAAUGGACUGGUGACAUUUCAGCUCAGAGGUCUCGAAUUCCGAGGAACAUACUGCCAGCAAAGAGAGGUGGAAGCGAUCUCGGAGGGUAUCGAGGACAACGACAACUGCUGCUGCUGCGAAAUGGGUCACCUAUCAAAUGUACUUAGCGUGAACGCGGCCUUUAGUCAACGCUGGCUCGCUUGGGAAGUCGCGAGUGCCAAAUAUGUGCUCGAAGGAUACUCGAUCUCCGACAAUUCGGCGGGUUCUAUGCUGCAGGUGUUCGAGUUUCGCAAGGUGUUGGUUACUUACUACGUCAAGAGUAUCGUCUUCUACGCCGUGAAGUCGCCCAAGCUGAAGCAGUGGCUCGAGAAUCCAGACAUUGUCGAUGCGCUCAAGCCGACGCUCGACAAGAACUUUGUUGAUCUUGAUCCCGUUUUUAACGUGAAUAUCGAUGAAGAUUUUGACUUCCGAGCGAGCGGUAUCACGCGGAACAGCUUCUGCAAUGUUUACCUCGACUGGAUACAAUAUUGCGCUGGUAAACAAGAUAAGUCGCUGGAUAGAACACGCGAUUCAUAUCUCGUAUCUCUGUGCCUGUCAUUGAGUCUGUUGGGAAGACGCGUAUUAGGCGCUGCAUCUCACAACACAUUAUCGGGUGUUGAGUUUUUUCUCUACGGGCUACACGCGUUAUUUAAAGGAGAUUUUCGGAUAACGUCAGUUCGCGACGAAUGGGUGCUGCACGAUGUCGAUUUAUUGCGCAGCGUGGUCGCUAAGGGAAUAAGAAUGGCCUUGAAACUGCAUCAAGAUCACUUUAUGAGUCCGGAACAAUACAUCGAAUCACCAGCACUCUUCGAGGCUAUCGACAAUCAUGAUCAGAAUCUCGUCAUCAGCCACGAGGCAGAUCCACUUUGGAGGAACGCAGUAUUGAGUGGUGCGCCCAGCCUUCUAGCACUCAGACAUGUACUCGAUGACGGUAUAGACGAGUACAAAGUGAUAAUGCUUAACAAACGUUACUUGAGCUUCCGUGUGAUCAAGAUGAAUCGCGAGUGCGUUCGCGGACUCUGGGCCGGCCAACAGCAGGAAUUGGUAUACUUGAGAAAUAGAAAUCCAGAGCGCGGUUCUAUACAGAACGCCAAGCAAGCACUGAGAAAUAUAAUUAACAGUUCCUGCGACCAGCCGAUUGGAUAUCCGAUUUAUGUCUCCCCAUUGACGACCAGUUACGCCGAGACCAACGAACAAUUAUGCUCGAUAAUCGGAGGACCAUUGACUUUUGGUACCAUAAAAAGCACCGUGUUGAAAUUGUGGAGAAGAAUCAGAAGAAGAUGUGGUCAAGGUUGUUCCUCCGGCGGCACUGGCUCCCAAGACGAUGGAGGUUUCGGGAAUGACGGAGUAUACGCGAUGACUACUUACAACAUACACUCUGGCUAUGCUCAAUCGGGUCAUAAUACUUCCGGUUCGCAAUCGAUGGAAUCUGGCUGUCAGAUCGGCGGUUCGACCGGUCGAGGAUCUCUCGGUCGUGCGAAUACGGGUUCUCUUGGUGGUAACAGAGGCUCACUCGCUUCCGUUGGGAAACCAACCAGUUCAACCCUCGCCAGCCUGGCCGGAUUGCUCAGUAAUAGCGAUAUCAAAACGGAAACAAAGAGCGAGACAAGCUUCUCUAGCAAGCUCGAGAAGGAGGAAGUUUUUCAAAGAGUUCGCAUUAUGGAUCCUAAUCAAGUAUACGACGCGAUCAAUUUGGGUCGGCGUAUAGACGUGAUUUGGCCGGACGAGAGAAUGCGACAGCAAGGCGGUCGUUCCGGCUGGCAACAUUGGGUACCGGAGAGAGGUAUGGAGGGUUGCGUGGUUCACCGUUGGUCGCCGAACCAUCGCGAUCCUAAUCGACGUUCGCAUGUCGACAAAGUCAUUCUACUCGUAAAGAUCGAGGAUAAAUACGUGCCGAUAGCUGAGCAAGGCGUACGGGAUUUAGGAGCAGAGAAAACGCCAACGUGUUAAAAGAAUCGAAAAUUGUAGAGACCUGUAUAGAGACGAGGAGAUGGAGGAAAAGAAAUAUGAGAAUAUUUUGUCAUCUUGUAAGUAUCGUAAAUAUAUAUGUAUAUUGUUACUUCUCGUGAAUCGAACGAGAAGAAAAAACGCUAAUCGCCAAGUUAUUCAAUGCAAAACCAAAUUGUAUCAUGUUGUACUAUAUACUGUAUAUUAUAUGAUGACUAUAUUAGUUUAUGUUCUCACACCGAACACGGAGCAGACGUUACUUGUUGCCCAAUGUAUAUCUAGAUUACUUAAUUAUCGGUUAAAAGAAAAGGUAGCGUUCGAACACGUUCCUCUUCCAUUAAUCUAUAAUAUAAAUGCGAUAUAUAUUUUUGGCGGUUGAUAU